GCAUGCCGGCCCAGGGCCCAGCUCGCCCGUCAUUCAGCAAACGUUUUCAACAAUACCUGGUAACAAAGUUCAGAUGUGGUAGAGGCGAUGAUGUUGUCACUGGAGUGUACAACAUGCCGGUAGCGAGGUCAGCCAGACUGAGUGCGGCACCGUUGUCUAGACCGAGCGAGGCGCGUACGAGCCAUGGGAAGUGGGGGGAGGGUCCGAGUACUAGAACGACAUUGCCACGACAUGACUCAUCUCUACCACUGCAUCGCUCUUCUUCGGUGCAGCUUCGUCAGGGGCAGACAUCUGAGGACCAUGGCACGGGCUUGGAUUCAAUGCCCGAGCAGACUCUUUCCCCUAACCCAUAUGUGUACACAGGAUAUGACGCAUACACCCAAGGUGAGGGAUCUCAGUCGUAUCUCUCCACGCGAGGGAUCUCCAUGCCCGAGGAGACUCGUGUACCGGAUUUAAACCAGUACUACGUACAAUGGCCAGACAGUACAGGCGAGGGAUCUGAUCAGGGUGGCAUACCUAAUGUUAAUUGGGACGAUGAGAACACCCAACGUGGCGUCAACGCAGGUGUCCCGGGAGCAUCACAUGAUCAUGGCGACACGGUUACAUCAUUAGUUACAGAGUUCUUCGGAGGGGACGUUAUUGGCCCAUCUUUUAUCCCCGCGGAGUCACAACCAUACGCCUACAAUUACACUUCAGGUUCGCAACAAGGAUUCCCGACUCCACCACCUACGCAGGAGUCGCAGACACAUGAAGCCGAAUUGGAGUACGGCCACGGUCUUCGUGUAACUCGGCCACCUAAUCGCUUGGAGCUUUCCGAUCGUAAGGAAAGGCUAGGUGGUCGUCGUAAACUACGGUGAUUCAUCUAUCCACGUGCGUGACCCAUUGUAUCUACAUAUGUCAGUAUCAGACUUUUCGAUUUGAACAUCUAUGUAUGCUGAAAUAAAAAUGCACCAGU